AUGGAUUCUAUAAGUGGUGAACAUUCAGAUGAUAAUUUAUCUCAGUCACCAUCAAAUCUUGGAGUACCGGCUACUCCUAGACAAAACAUCUUAUCACCUAGUAUAAGCGCCGAUUCUACCAUAUCGAAUGGUUCAACACCAAUUAGAAAGCAUAGGUUCGAUGACAGAGCCCAAACAUGGGUAAGUUUAGCAUUAAAAUCACAUAAGCAUGAAUCCUCGAGAGAGCUGUCUCCUUUUGAUUUGACAAAUUCAACUAUAUCAGAUAAAUCAGAAGAUGUGCUUAAAUUGACCGAUACACCUAAAAUUACAGAAAUCAUCAAUUCGACCAGUUUUAGAGCUACAUAUGGGUCAGUUGUGUGCAUAGAACCAUCGAAUAUAUAUAUUGCCGUUGGAACUGAAAAGGGGUUUGUUGUGGGAUUCAACUACCACCAAGGGGUGGAGUAUAUAUUGACUAGAGAAGAGGAACGUAAGGAUAACAAGGAACAUUUUGAAUUAGGAUCUGUAAGCGCAGUUUCAUUUUCAUCUGACUCUCUGUACAUAGCUGCUGGGUAUUCUCGUGGGGGGAUUAUUACUUGGAAAUUGACGUCAACAUCAAUUACGGCGGAUGGAUACAUCAGGCCUUAUUACAUUAUAGAGCCUACAACUUUGGAAAACAGAUUCACUAAGAAUGUGCAGGGCCAUUUGCAUAAUAAUCGAAUAAACAGUGUUUGUUUUAUUGGUUCUCUGCAUUCUCAGUUCAUUUCUUCUGAUGUAUCAGGAUUGGUGUUUUACCACCAUGGAUUCAAAAAGUUUAUGAAGAAGUAUUUUCAAACGCAGAAGCUUCUAGGCAGAAAUGAUGCUAAUAUCGUUGAUAAUGGUGGAAGGUAUAUUAUCUAUGGUUGCGAUAUGCUUCCGUUGGGUUCUGCCCAUCAAAUAACAGACUACUUGGGAUUAGUUGCGGUAAUGACUGGCAAUGUUUUGGCAAUUGUAUCCGUUUUGUCAUUGAAUAACCCAAGCAUGCUUAACAUGAAAGUUCACUUUAAGAUAGGUAGAGUAAAACAUGCCAGUAAUCUGGGAGCAUCAGAAGGAUGCUUAAGUUGGUAUCCGUGUAUGAAAGUUGGAGGGAAUAAACUACAAAAUGCCAAAUUAGCAUAUGCUUGGAAUAAUUCUGUAACCAUUUUAGAAGUGGAUAAUAAUUCUCUUCCAGAAAAUCUAAUGCAAAUGUUAAGUGAUCUUAAGGAUAAAGAUAAAGCAAUUCCAACAUUACCAAUAAACAGAACCUGUAAGUGGACAUCUUCCAACAAAUACAACUCAAUUGUAUCAAUUAAAUGGAUUUCUGAUAGCAUUUUAUUUGCUUAUAUACAAGAAUCUUCAAGUUCUGAGUUAACUUUGACAGCAUUGCAUUACACAUCGGAAAAUGGCAAGACGAGUUUGUUACCUGUGGGCCAGAAUAGUUUACAAGGACUAAAAAUUGUGUCAAGCAAGAUAUUAAUUGAAUCAAACAAUAGAGAUCCACGUUCUCCGAGGAAUGAAAGUUUCAUCAACUUAUUUAGUACUUCGAUAAAAGCAUUUAAAAAUAGAUUGUUGGUAUUAGUAGAUGAUGAUAACGAUAAGAAAAUACUUAUAGGACGACUGAUAAGCUGGGCUGAUAAACUACUUGAUUUGUUAGCACUGAAUGAGUAUUCUAAAGCACUUUUAACUGCGAAUGACUUUUAUAAUUCCAAGAAUAGUGGUCAGCUUGUUUUGGCUGGUUUACCAGAGAAUCAAGAUUUAAGACGUGAAAUGUUAAGGCCUUAUUUGGUAAAUAUUAUGAAAGAGUCGAUUAAUAAUAUUUUUGGUGACAAGGGUACUGAUUAUGGAUUCCAUCUUGCAAUUUAUUUUGAUAUUGUUUCUUAUCUAUAUAAAGACUGUGAGGGUUUUUCUGAUGAAUUGUAUUAUAUUUUGGAGACGAUAUUUGAAGUAUUAGAUGAUCAGUCCUUGUUUUUUGAUACAAUUGAAUUUUACAUUUUAUCAGGAAAAAUAUUGACAUUACCACCAUUAAUUUUAAAAAGGUUGGUAGAACAUUAUUCGCUGAACAAAAAGGGUGAUUUACUAACUGAGAUGAUAUGCAUAUUGGAUAUGAAAACAUUGGAUAUUGAUUUAGCGAUCCAAUUAUGUAAAAAAUAUAAAUUACGGGACUGCCUAAUAUAUAUAUGGAAUUUUCUAUUAGGUGAUUACUCAACUCCAUUCGCUGACUUCAUUAAAGAUAUAAGUGACCUAGCUAAUAGUACUGAUGAUGAAAAAAAUGAUUGCUUAAAUGUGUUUUCUUAUAUGUCGUAUAUAUUGACAGGAAGACAAUAUCCUACUGAGAAAUUUAUAGAUGUAUCUCAAGAGAAUUCAGCGAAAGAGAGCAUUUAUAAACUUUUAUUCAGUGCUACACUGAUCAGAUAUCCAAAUGAUGAUUCGGAUGUGUUGAUCGCCGGUAGUGAAGAAACGAUUUUUCCAUAUCUAUAUUCCUUAUUGCAAUUUAAUUCGUUUGAAAUGUUUUCCACUAUAAACGAAUUUUUUGAAGACUCUAUCUUGAAUGAUGAUAAUAAUUCGCACCUAACUAGACAGUACAUUAUUGAAGCAUUGUUUGAUAUUUUUGAAGUAAAUGACCUCAGCUUCACUGAUUUUGACCGUUGCCAACUAGCAAUCUUUGUUGCUAGAAAUUAUCCAAAAUACUCUCAAUUUAUAAGACUAUCUGAAUCCGUAUUGAAUAAAGUUAUUGAAGAUUUAUGCACAGUUACUGAUCAGGAGAUAAAGUGUGAUUGCGAGCUAGCAUUACAAAGUUUGUUGCCUUUAUAUGAACCAGAUGGAGAGUUAUUCUUAUUGGACAAGCUUAAAUCGGCUCGAUUUUAUAGUGUUCUAAUAAGUAUUUAUAGAUCAAAGGGGAAAUAUUCUAAUGUAUUGAAAAUAUGGUUGGAGAAAUCACAGCAAGAAUCAACGGAAAAUGAUAGCUUAAGUGGAAUUCUUGAAGAGGCAUUUAUAUAUACAAAAUCUCAAACGGACAGAAUGGAACUUGUCACAUUUAUCAGACAAAACUUUCAACAGAUCUUGAUACUUAAUAUCCCAGACUUUGUUAUAUUGAUCAACAAACACUACCUGUCUUUGCAUUCAGAAGUUUUAAAUAUUCAAAGUGAUCAAUGUUUUUUCGAAUAUAUACAAGUCCUAUUAGAUAUUGUUGACUUGAUGACGAUGAAUAUCGAAAAUAUGCCCCAAAUAGUUGGAAGAUAUAUGAAGGUCCUAUGCGACUAUAAUCCAAGCGAGUUAUACUCAUUUGUGGAAACUGCCAAUUUUAUUUUGGCUCGAGAUAUGAAUGAGUUUGAACUGGUUAAAAGUAGCUUUCAACAAAGAGGCUUUAUUGAGCCACUAACAGUAUUGUUGAUCUCACAACUGAAGUAUGAAGAGGCGUUGAACGAGCUUCUCCAAAGUAUGAAUCUUAUUAUCGAUUCCGCCAUUUCUAAUGAGAAGCAGGAGGACUUACUGCCUAAGUUUGCGAGCUGCUUGGAAAGAGCUAUGGAUAUCUGCGGAAUCGAAGACACUUACGUUGAACAUGAUGGUGCUAUGUACCUCAAUGAAAGAAUGUGGCUAAAGCUAAUCGAAAAUUGCGUUAAAAUGUCCAAUACCGCUGCUGCUGAGAAUGUUAAGUCAGACAAUAAUGCAUUUCAAAAUGUGUCCCAAUUCUUAGAUAGAUGUAUCCAUGACUGUUUCAAGAGAAUAAGUGAAUCCAAACUCAAUCCAAGUGUAAGUGAGAAUGAAAAGAAAGAAAAAUCGUUCCUAGUCAUUUUCAAUCGUUUUUUGGAAAAUUCUAUGAAGGAUUCUAAAAUGACUACCAUAUCUAACAUACGGGAUAUAUUAAGAGAGGUAUUUAUAUCAUAUUCUUAUGAAAACGAAAUUUUACUGAUUUCUUUGAAAAUGUUGAAUGAGAGUAUUCGUGAAAGUUUGGACUUGAUUAAGCUAGAUAAUCUAAAGGCUUGGUCAAUCAAAUCUAAAUCCUGUACUUCAUGUGGAAAGCCAAUGUGGGGUCCUGAUGUUUCCAAAGAGCAUUUUAUGGCUUGGGAGGACCGCCAGCGAGAAGCAUUGAUUCUAGCCCAGGGGCUUGGGAACACUGUGAUCGGUGCGCCAUUCAACAAUCAGAAAUAUCAUAAUUUGGAAUUAAUUUUUUUCAAGUGUAAUCAUGGAUACCACAUGUCAUGCUUAGAAAACCUAGGUGGUAAAGGAUCAAAAUCUUGUGUUCUUUGCCUACAAUAG